AUGUCUCAAAAAGCCAUUGCCGUCACUGCCCCUAAGACCGCCAACCUGGUGGCAGACAGACCCCGUCCUGCUCUCCGCGACGACUACAUCCUCGUCAAGAACGUCAGUGUCGCCCUGAACCCCACCGACUGGAAGCACAUCGAGUUCCUCGCUCCCCCCGGUGUCCUCAUCGGCUGCGACUACGCCGGUAUUGUCGAGGAAGUCGGCAAGGACGUCAAGAAGCCCUUCAAAAAGGGUGAUCGCAUCUGCGGUUUCGCCCAUGGCGGCAACGCCGUCCAGCCCGAGGACGGCACCUUCGCCGAGUACAUCGCCGUCAAGGGCGACAUCCAGAUCCAGAUCCCCGAUAACCUCAGCUUCCAAGAGGCUGCCACGCUGGGCGUGGGUAUUAGCACCGUCGGCCAGGGAUUGUACCAGAGCUUGAAGCUCGCCUGGCCUACCGAGCCUUUGAAAUCGCCCGAGCCUAUCCUCAUCUACGGCGGUUCCACCGCUACCGGCUCCCUCGCUAUCCAGUUCGCCAAGUUGUCCGGAUACACCGUCCUGACUACCUGCUCGCCUCGCAACUUUGACUUUGUCAAGAAGCUCGGCGCAGACGCUGUCUUCGACUACAAUGACCCCAACGCCGCCGCUGCUAUCCGCGAAUACACCAAGAACAACCUCAAGCUCGUCUUCGACACCAUCUCCCUCGAAUCCAGCGUCAAGUUCUCUGACAACGCGCUCUCCACGGAGGGUGGUGAUUACAGCGCUCUUCUGGCCGUCAAGCUUGAGCGCGAGAAUGUCAAGGACCGCUGGACCCUCGGGUAUACCGUCGUCGGCGAGGAGUUCAACUAUGGUGAGCAUGUUUUCCCCGCGAAGCCGGAGGAUAAGGCAUUCGGGGAGAAGUUCUGGGCUACUGCGCAGAAGUUGUUGGCGGAGGGCAAAGUCAAGGUGCACCCGCCCAAGGUUGGUGGUGAGGGAUUGAAGGGUGUUUUGGAGGGGUUGCAGGCGAUGAAGGAGGGUAAGAAGGUUCUGGUCAUUGGUGCCACCUCGGGCAUUGGCAAGGCCCUGUCCAGCAAGCUUAUCGGCCAUGGCGUUUCCAUCGUCAUUGCCGGUCGCCGUAAGGAGAACCUGGAGGAGUUCGUCCAGGCAAACGGUAGCGACAAGGUCACGACCAAGGUUUUUGAUGUUAUGAAAUUGGACGAUAUCCCCCGAUUCGCAUCUGAAGUUAUUGCCGAAAACCCCGACCUGGACUGCGUGUUUGUCAACUCCGGCAUCCAGCGACCGUUUAACUUUGCCGAACCCGAAACUGUCGAUCUUGACAUCUUAGAUCAGGAACUCAUCACCAACUACACAUCCGCCAUGGCUCUUGUUCCCAUGAUGCGGUGCCCCAACUACGGUGCUUCCAAAGCGGCUCUGCACCACUUCAUCCUAGCAUUGAGAACCCAGGUUAGUGACGGCCCGGGUAACGUCAAGGUUCUCGAGAUCUAUCCCCCCGCUGUGCAGACUGAAUUGCACGAUACCAAGCACCAGCCCGAUCUGAAGGAUGGACAUCUGAUCGGAAUGCCCUUGAAUGAGGGCGAGGAUCAGAUUCCGGUUGGUUCCGCCAAGGACAUUUUUGAAGCCUUUGAAGUCAAGAGACAGGAGUUGUAUAAGGGCAUGACUGAGAUGCUAUCGGGCCUUCUGAAGCAGUUUUUGCGGUAG